CCGUCUCACACAACAGAAGACAGUCGACGAGCGCACUAGCAGUAGAUGCUCAACGCGGUGGUCCCACAAAUCAUUUAUUGGACUAUAUGUAGCAUAGUUGUGGCCCACAGUGGAUGAAAGAGACAAGGGGCGUCAGACAGAUACACAAUAUGGUGUUAUAUCUGUCCUUCCCUGUGACCAUGUUUUGGAUAUCAAACCAAGCGGAGUACUUUGAAGAAUACAUAGUUAAGAGGAAGAGGGAAAUCUUCCCUCCUGACGAGGGAUUGCAGAGGAAAGAGCUGGAGGACUUCAAAGAGCGAAUGCGGGCUCGAAAGGAGCAGCGGAUGUUAAAAAAUUUGUCUGCCCAAUCUGAGAAUUGAGGAUUAUGUUUUGAAGAAACGCAUGCAUCCUCUCCAUCACUAAUGUAGGAUUAUCUGGCAAGAUUAUUGUUUUCAUUUGUUGGCAGAAGAAAACUUGUUGGACUUGAGUAAGAGCACAUCACUUCAGAACUCUGCCUAAUCUUAUUCCCAAUAUUUCUUUCUACUCUUGUUUCAUUUCCACAUUUUUUUCAAAUUUUUUUCACCACACUUUUAUUUGCUGAGUUUCUGGGGUUACACUGUCAUGAAAUAUAGAUUUGUGUAUUCAGUUGGUGUAAUGUAAUUUUGAUUUAUUUUGUAUAAGAUUUAUUCGCCUUGAAUUUGUUCAUGCACAUUAUAUCACGGGGUGAAGCACACUCACCCCAGUGAAAAAUAAUUUAUUAGAAAUAUUGCAUUUAGCCUGUGUUAAAAUAAAGUAACUUUAGCUUUUGGGGUGUCCCAUUGAAAAGUACAUUUUAUAUCGGCUGAUUUACUUGCUCCAGUAGGCUUCUUUGCAAUGUUGGUUGUAACCUAUAUCAAUAUCUGCAAUAAAGUUGGUUUUAUAUGAAGUCA